AUGCAAAUAUUACGACAAUUAGAUGUGCACCCAAAGGUGCGCGAGGAGGCGGAUAUUCUCGUGCGAACUUUCAGUGGUGCUGUCGUGACGAUUAUUAGUACCAUUAUCAUGGGCAUAUUGUUUUUAUCUGAAGUGAAUUACUACCUAACACCCACCUUGAGUGAGGAACUAUUUGUAGACACUUCAAGGGGUUCAAAGUUAAGAAUUAACUUAGAUAUAAUAGUUCCUGCAAUAUCUUGUGAUCUUCUAUCAAUAGAUGCAAUGGACACAACAGGUGAACAGCAUUUACAAAUAGAGCACAAUAUAUUUAAGAGACGUUUAGAUUUAAAUGAGAAACCAUUAGAAGAUCCACAAAGAACAGAUAUUACUGACACAAAAGCACUUAACAAAACAACAGCAAAGGCAGUGGAAAGUACUACUGUUAAAGCAUGUGGGGAUUGCUAUGGAGCUGCUAAUGAAACUACAAAGUGUUGUAAUACUUGUGAAGAUGUAAGAGAAGCCUAUAGACAAAAAAAGUGGGCCCCUCCAGAUCCAGGAAUAAUAAAACAAUGUCAAAAUGAUAAAUCUGUAGAAAAGAUGAAAACUGCCUUUACUCAGGGAUGCCAAAUCUAUGGUUAUAUGGAAGUAAACAGAGUUGGAGGAAGUUUCCACAUUGCACCAGGAGAUAGCUUCUCUGUUAACCAUGUACAUGUGCAUGAUGUUCAACCAUAUACAUCAACUCAAUUUAACAUGACCCAUAAGAUACGCCACUUAAGUUUUGGUCUAAAUAUUCCAGGAAAAACAAAUCCUAUGGAUGGCAUGACUGUAGUUGCGUUCGAAGGUGCGACGAUGUUUUAUCAUUACAUCAAAAUUGUACCUACAACGUACGUGCGUGCCGAUGGCUCGACAUUAUUAACGAAUCAAUUCUCUGUAACUCGACACGCAAGACAAGUGUCUUUGUUUAGCGGUGAAUUAGGAAUGCCUGGAAUAUUCUUUAAUUACGAGCUAAGCCCAUUAAUGGUAAAAUACACGGAAAAAGCGAAAUCGUUCGGCCAUUUUGCGACUAACGCGUGUGCAAUUAUUGGUGGCGUAUUUACUGUUGCGGGACUGAUAGAUUCGUUGUUGUAUCAUUCAGUCAGGGCAAUACAGAAGAAGAUAGAACUAGGAAAGUAUAAUUAAAGUCUAGA